AACAGUGGAGUGGAGCAGAUUGGUGUUGAUGUCCGUGACCGUCUGAAGUAUUUCGUUUUGGCUGUUUUCUAUUCCCUGGUUUCGCUUAAAUGGCUUAAAACAAUCCGUGCUAUUUAUAACUCGGGAGACUUUUAUCCUUCCUUUACGGGUUAAAAAUAACGGGACAACAAUUCGCGUUAGAAAUGCAGUUUCUUGGCCAUUUCCUUGGUCUUCUUGUGCUAACUACAUGCGAGUUAUCACUGUGUUUUCCUGUUCCAGUAGACACCGUCAUCGUGCAGGUCCAGCAGUGGGGAGUGGUGGGGGCUCAGCAGGUCGCAGAGCAAGUCCUUCUCAAUGGAGUCUCUUUAAAAGACAAAAGCCAGGAAGUUGACAGCAUUAUUCAAACCAUGUCAGUUGAUUCAUUCCCAACUCUUAUCAAUGUGAACCAGACUUCCAUCCUGAGUAACCACACUGUUCUCCGUUCUCGAGAAUGCAUACUGGAGGGGUCUCAGCUGCUCUGGGCUGACCGUGUCUUCUACGAUGGGAAGGUGUAUCUGACUCUGGACCACACUGACACGUGGACAGCACACGUACCGGAAGCACUGGCCUUCAAAGUGUUGUGGGAGAAGGAAGAGCAGCGCACAAAAAUUGAGAGUCCCCGCCUGCAGGAGGAAUGCGUCAAGCUGAUGAAAGAACUGAUGCUUUCUCAGGAGCAGUCUGUUCCAGGGAUACCUUUGCCUCAGUUCCUCGUUCCAAUCUUGGCAGUCCUGGUGUUUAUAGGUCUAAUCAUGAUCACUAUCCUCCUCUCUAAAAAACAAGGUCUGAGGCACCCUGGAGGUGUUCUUGGCUCGAUAAUACAUUACCCUAAAGACAUCGGUGAGACCGCUCCAGAAAUAAAAGGCAAUGGUUACCGUACCUUGUAGUUGAAAGCUCCAGCCGAUGAACAGAACCAUGUUUGAGCUUUUCCUCCAUUUCUACUGUUGAAUGUCCCCCUGCUGAUUCACCAUUGGACAGUGUUGCUUCAUUAAUGGAACCAACAUUUUCCAACAGUAACAACUGCCCCAAUGUUUGAAACCCCUGUGGUCUGGAUUCCAGGUUAUUUAAUGCACUUUAAUGUUUGUACCACACUGAAUUAACACAUUGCAUAUGCAUUUAAUAUAUAUACAUAUUCUUAUAAACGCACACACCCAAAGAAAUGAAAACAUAAUCACUGCCUAAAGCAAUGUACAAGCUUCUUUUUGCAAAAUAAAUAACCAUAUGGGCAGAUGUUUUAAUUAUUUCUGGACUGAGCUAAUCCGGUAAACAAUGCAUGUGUAUGUCACAUGGAACUCUGCCAAACACUGGAUGAACUGUUGAGGUGUCUUGUUAUCCAAAGAGUGUGCUGCAUACUUGUGAUUUUCACAUUUCUUUGUGAUACGUUUUUGUGACUGUCUAUAUGUUCCCCUAUUAUUUGUUUGUGUGACAUUUGAGAAAAAUGUUCUAUUAAAAAUUACUUUUAUGGAA